UAGGAGUUAUUACGAGGAAUAAUAGAAUAUAAUAUAAAAAUAACAGAUUGUUCAAGAACUCCAUAUGUUUUUAUGCGCAAUAUUCUAAUUGUGAACGGAUAUUCGUAGGCCAUUAUAACUUUGUAUACCGUUCAGAUUGUCAACUACAUUCGUGACAUUCAAGGAAACUUGCAAACAGUUUCUCAGUGUCUGCGAAACAAUCGCUAACUAUACAUCUGAACUGUGCAAAGAGAACUAUCUUACUUACACUCAGGUAAAUAAAAUAUAUUGUCAUGGAAAUUUCCGCGGAUGUGGAAAAAUUAUACAACGAUAGUUGUUGGAUGAACGGCGAUUAUAAUUAUAAUAAUUUCUUCAAUCCAAAUAUUUGUCAUGUUUGCAAAAAAAAAUGUGGCAAUUUGAUGUUAUGCGAUAAUUGUUACAUGAUCUCUUACUGCAGUUAUAAACAUAAAUGCAUGCAUUUUAGACAACACCAGCAAUUUUGCGCAUAUAUAACACAAUAUUUAAGAGAAAAUAGUGGCAUAGCAUGGCGCUUUCAUCAUUUAGAAACAUCUCAAUGGAUUGAGUCAAGAAGAAAAUUUGUGCUUGCAAUCGCGCAACAGCUUCCACGUAGGCUAGAGUCGUACGAAGUGCAAAUGAUCAUUUUCGCAAAAUCAUGUGAUAUUUGUCAUCAGCAGAUUAAUAUAUUUACCUGUAGAGUAUGCUAUUCCAACAACUAUUGCUUUAGUCAUAUACUAGAGUUUCAAAUGAAUCACUCAUCAAAAUGCCACGAGUUGAUGUUAUGUCUUAAUCUUGAUAUCUUAUAUAUCAUACCUAUAAAUUUUAAACGAUUAAUUACAUUUCCUACUGUAUCGACAUCUUUUGCACACAUGAAUGAAUUUCUUUUGAAUAAUGUGCACUGUUCUUAUAAGCUCUUCGCUUCUUCUAAAAGAGAUCCUACAAAAUUCGCAUAUUUCUGUUCCGAUUAUGCAUCAGGACCAUUCACUCUCUAUGAUGGCAUAAAGAAAGCAAAGUUAAUGGAUCUUCUAAAUCGUGCAGGAUCUCAAUAUGUUAUCCAUGUAAUAUCAGCAACCUCCAUUGAAUAUAAAUAUAUGAAUGCUUGGGAACUUCUCCAUCAUCUGCUGUGGUGGAUAAAGGAUGUAACAGUUGUAUUGAUAGGACAAGAAUUACGAACUGAAAAUAUAAAUUUGGAAAGUUGUAAUGAUUGCAAGUCUCGAAAUCGAAGAAUUAAUGUCGUGUGUCGUUCUGGAUUUUAUCACGAGUAUAGGAAUGAUUCAACGUUUUGUCAACCAAAUGUGAUCAUAAUAUUUCAAGCACAAUUUGAUACAGUGAGCGCAUGGCAUGAAUAUAGCUUAUUGACAUCACAAAGUAUGAACUGUCCAUAUAUUCUAACAGCCAGAUCGCAAUAUAUAGCAGAUGAGAACAUAAAUUACCUAAAAAAUAAUAUAAAUAUAAAACCUGUAUAUGAUGGACCAAACAAUUUCAAAUCCUUGUAUCCAUAUAGACAGUUACAUGGACAUCGUGUCAGUUAUCGUAAUUCGCAUAUAACUGUGUAUCGGAAUUUACGUGCAUUCGAAACAAUUUGAAGCCCUUGUAUGCGAUUCUCAUAUCACUUGGAUAACGUUAAUACAAAAAAUACAAAAGAUAGAUUGCUUUUUAAAUUAUGAAUGUUUUUAUAUAAUCCAUUUUUUGUGAAUUGUUAUUUUAAUGAUAUUUUUGAAUUGAUUAUUUGUGAGUUGUUAUUAUUGAAAUUUUUAAUAAAGGACUUAUUUACUUG